AUGGCUCAACAAUCACAAUUAUCACCGACGCCAACGCUGCUGGUGCCCCGCCUCCCCGCGAAGACCCUCGUUGGCAUCGACUUAAUCUCCUUCACCUCGACGGAGAAUUUCCAUGGAAUACGAGACCUCCCGGAAGGUUGGCAUUUUCUCUACACCGGAACGACAGAGAGCUUCUCACUGCGAUGUGGCGCAUGGUUCUACGUUGGCGACAUUUCUGCCGUUGAUGAUGUUGCGGGGCACGAGGACGGCCGCGUCGUCCAGGCGCGGCGUGAUGACAACAUGCAGUCGGAGAUUCGCAUCUGGAAAUGGGAUCAGAAUAUCGAAGCUUUGGUCCCGAUGACAGGAGAGACGGAUGAUGAUAGGCAGGAAGUGAUGCGCCUCAAGGCCAAUUUGGGUGCCACAUGGCAGAGUGGGAAACUCUUCAAGUAUCGGACUCGAUUACCGUCCUCGGACUCCUCCGACAAACAAAACGACACUAAAAAGGCCCAUGAAGAAGAGAAAUGCGAAGAGGAAGGAAGGAAGGCGUGGUCUGGAUUGACCGAUCGGUUGUCGCCGCGGCUACUCUCGCGGGUGUUGGACGACCCAGACCUUGAUAUCGAUGGCCGCCCCAGUUGGACGGUUACCUCUGCCAGCACGGCUCCCCAAGAUGCGGAUCGGAUUCCGGGGAUCUCAGCAGAGAAGUUUACAAGGGGCGGAGUCGCCGGUGAACAGGAAAAGGAAUUGCGAUUCCUGCCUGUCGACCUCAAGCGGACAUGGCGCGAGGGAGCGAUUGGACGAGAAAGGACAGAGGCCGCGCAGGACCGGUCAUGGGCGUUGGGAGAUCUCAUUAGGCGAUAUUCCGCGCCGUCCUCGGACGAACGCAUUGGGGAAAGACAGAUCUUAGGGGAACUACAGUUCACUUUCUUGAUGGUGCUGACGCUAAUGAACUACUCAUGCCUGCAGCAGUGGAAGCGACUCUUGAAUCUCAUCUUGACGUGUCGCACGGCGAUCAGGACUCGCGAGACAUUUUUCAGAGAUGUGCUGCGGCUGCUCCUGUUACAAUUAAAGCAUUGCGAUGUUGUCGAAGGCGGCCUCUUCGAGAUGGAUGGGGACUACGGUGGGGCCUUUCUCCAAAAGCUGCUGAUGGGGUUUCGGAGGUCCAUGCAAGAAGUCCUGGAAGGGGUCACGGGGUCCAUCGUUCAAGCCGAAAUGGACGCAUUAGAGAAGUGGGUGAAAAAGGAAUUUAAAUGGGAGCUGCGCAAAGAAGCCUACAUGCGCCGGGGAAUGCUGCAACUCGAGGAUGGGGAACAGGUCGAGAUGGAACUCGAUGACGCAGAUGAUGAGACGGGCGAGUAUGCGCCGGUGGUCGUGGACUUGGGCGAAAGCGGUGCCGGCGAAAGAGAUGCCGCUCCAGAGGCCGAUGUAGAUAUGACUAUGGCUGACAGUGACACUCAUGUGCAAUAA